AUGUCACAUCCUGAGUCUGAUAAAGAAGAUAGGAUCAAGAACGCCAAAUUGGCGGGUGUCUCUUCUCCGAUACCGAUAAGAACUGCAGCUUCAAUUACAAGUCAGCUUAGACACCCAGAAGGGCAGGCUGCGCUUCACUUGGAAGACAAUGCAAGGCCAUUUACACCAACAACCUGGGACUCGUUACAAAGACAUGUAACUGCAAGACGUCCAUCGUACAACACAAUCGUCCAUUCGAGAGAAAAACAUUACAAUUUGGAUUACCCCAAGGAUGGCAAAGAGUUGGCAAAAUUGCAAUUGGAUCCUGCCUCUAGGUUCUAUGCAAGGUCCAGACCUAGAACAUUGAACCCACCACUGUUGAUGCCAUACAAGAUCGAAACCCCCGAGGAACAGGCCAAAUUUUUGAGUCACAUUAUAUCGCAUUUGUAUAUUGCCAUCAAGUCCUUGGACAUACAAGGAACAUUGACUAUAAGUGCCAAAGACUUGGCAGCAUUGAGAGACUCCAUAUCAGAUGUUGAUAUUGCGUUGGAGACUAACUUGUUUGAGAUUAAUACUGCCGAAACACAUGAGGAUGAGCCCAUGACGGACGACCUUGAUUCCUCAGAUGAGGAUUCGGACGAUUAUAGUGAUGAUCAAGGAGAAUUAGAAGAGGACGAGAAUGACAAAGAUGCAACUGUUCAGCAUAAACGAUCACCUAAGUCAGCGGCAGUAGUCACGGUACGCACUUGGACCCAUGAAUUGUUGAUUUGGCUUAAAAUGAAGUACGAGAUGCCUGUUUCAUUGCGGGUAAAAUUGGCUCGAGUCUAUUACGCUUUAUGUCUUUGCAGAGGCCAGCAUAUUGGAAUAAAAACUUAUGUGCGUGUUUUUGAGAUUUUGACAAAGGACCAGAAACUACUUUAUGACGGAGGGUUGAGAUUGCCAUGGCAGGACUUGUACAAAGAAUUGCAGCAUUUAUUCCCCAUCCCAGAUCAAGCCUUGGGUCCAUUUGAAAAGAAGGACCAGAAGCAGUUGGGCAAAUUGGCAUCGAAAGCUUCCUAUUUUUUCGACCCCAAAAGUUUGCCCUUGAUAUUUGAAAAAUUGGGUUCCAACUUUUCUGUCAACACGUCGGCUUUAACAAUAUCUUCUUUUGCAUUGUUGCCCAUAAAUUUUACUCCUGGUGGUGUCGAUGACGAAUACGAUAUUCGCCACUACUUGUGCCCUUUGUUUUACAUGUGGCUUAAAAUUAAUAAAAGCAAGGGACUUGAUGACCACAUUACAGGAAGAUUGGGGGUUAUAGUAAUGUCCACGUUGUUCAAAAUGCACGACGACAAAAAGUCUAGGGAAACUGUCAAGUUGGGAAGAUUUGGUAUCUUGUCUGCCGACCAAAUGGAAUUUUUAUUCAAUGAGUUGAUGAACAGUUUGAGUAUUAGAAAUGAAAAAUAUGCGUCAAAGAAACUGAAAUACUUUCACGGAUUUGCUUCUGCAGUUGUGUUUUCAAUUGUUGGUGACACAGCUUUGGAAGAGAAUGGAAUAAUCUACUAUUUGAAAACACUUAUCAAUGCAAUCGAGAGCUACAUUCAUCCAUCAAACACGGGUGAGUGGACUAGGGCAAUAUCUAGAACAGUCUUGGCAUUCAUAUAUCAAUUUCACAAGCGCUACAAUUUGGAAACACAACCCGAUGGCAACCUUUACAAUAUCCCAUCUGAGGUGAAGCUUUCGCCAAAAGUGGUUAAAGAGUUUGUCAAAAUUAUGCUUCCAGUAGUAAAGACAGGUAUUCAUUCAAAAAAGGAUGAUGCUUCAGUUGAGUAUGUAACUGCACUUCAACUUUUGGCCUUCCUUGAGCCUAAUUAUGUUUUGGAUAACACUUUGUUGGACAUAUACGAAUCAUUGGAAGGGGUCAUAUCGACUCAUCGUGUCAUCAACGCUUUAAGAAUGAUUGACUCGAUGGCGAGGUCUAUUGUGUCCACACCCAUUUUCCGGGUCCAUUUAACACGCAUUCUCCUGUUGAUAUUACCAGGUAUCGACUCCAAUGACUUGGAAAAGACAUUACAGACAUUGGAAGUUUUUUCUGCUAUAUGCAACUAUGCUCCUAUUUACGAUCUCAACAAGGAAUUUGGAGAUGCAUCACUUGCCAUGGAGUUUACUCAAAAUCAUAUUGAGUAUUUGAGGAGAAAGAUUUACGAUGGGGAUAUUGAAGAGUUUGCCGUUGACAAAGAGACUGAAGUUGCUGCGUUGGUGUCGUCAACAUCAGCGUUUAAGGAAAUAUUCAAGUCUUUGGCACAAAAGUUGCCCCCAUUGCUUGAAAAUUUGCCAGAUCCAACCAAAAGUUCUGGUCUCGAGCGUGAUUUGGCAAUUUCUUUGCCAAAGUUUUUCAUUGUUAUGUUUGAGUCCAUGUCGGACGAUAUAUUUGGCACUUUCAAGAAUGAGUGGUUUGAUUAUGUGUUUAACAACACUGAUCACACCAAGGCUAGUAUUGUGGGUGAAAUUAGUGGUGCCAUAAUCAAACGCCAUCCAAAGUCAUUCAAAAAGAAUGCACGCAUUUUGAUAGACAAGAUCCGCGAGGAAAUUGACGAAAAUGGUGCUGGUACUUCAAGGACCGGUGAUGAGAUUGUUCCUCGUGACCAGGCUUUAUUUUGGAAUUUAACAAUCUUGGAUGAUUGCGUUGGAAAUGCAGGUGCCCAGCUUGUGGAUAUGCACAAAGAGUUGAUGGAGUUUUCAAUCUACCUUAUGAAGCAUGUUAAGGGACAAUGUGUAUUUGCGUCGACAUUCUUUGUUAACCAGGUCUUACAAUCAGUCACCAAAAUUAGAAUCAACGAAAGUCGUUUGAUCUCUCCUUCAUAUGAAAAAGAGCACGGAGUUGAUGAAAAAUGCUGGGGAGGUUUUUGGGACUCUCCAGAUAGGUUCAAGGAUAUCAAGUUUGACUGGUUUAUACCUACUGAAAAGGACGUUAAUUUUGCUUAUGAGUUCUUCAACGAUCAUAUUACCAUUUGUACAAAGAACGUUAUUGAGUUGAUGAAGAAUUAUGAACAAGAGCACUCUAAAUCCUCGCUCUCGGUUCUUGACGAUUUGAGAAUGAAUCUUUUGUAUUUCGCAUGCUCACUAAGUGGGACAUCAUUUUUGUUGGAUCCUUCAUUUGAGGAAGAUAUUCCAAACUUGGACCACGAAGCUGAAUCGAUUCAGCAAAGACUUUCUUUAUUAAAACAGAUAAGAGAUAUCAAAGAUGUUUCGACACAAAAGGACUUUUUGUAUGAUGACAAAGUCAGUGAGAAUAUGCAACAGAUUUUGGAUGAUUUGCGCAACGAGGAUCUUAUUGAUUACAUUGCCGACUUUGACAAAAUGAAUGAGUUAAUAAAUGAGCACGAGACAAAGGACGAGGAUGAGGCUAUGAAGUCUACUCCUGAAGGCAAGCAUACUUUGCAUCGUCAUUUCCGUAUUCCAGAUAGGCCAGAUUCCUCUGCACCUGAAGCAUUAUCUGGUAGGGAAACUCCGCGAAUUGAGGGGAUCCAAAUGUCCUCGAUGAACCCGGCAAUCACCUUUAGAGAGAAGAGCUUAUAUACAUCAAACUACUUUUUUGGUGAUAAUGCUCGCCACAAGGAGCACAGAGACUUGUACUUGAAGAUUCACAAAACGAGGCAUUUAAUUGGAAGAAGUUUGCACUUUAUUCACAAAUUUUUAGUCAGUAAUUUCCAUGACAACACCAAAAUUUUCAAGAAUCUAUUGUUUGCAACCAAUGCCUGGAUGUCAGAUGUUGGUAGGGAGAGGCUUCUCGAUUCCAGUGUAGCUGAAAUUGACUACGGAUAUGUUCAGUAUCUUCAAACUAUUAACCGGGUGAGAAAGCCAUUUACUCGUAUUGCCAUCGGAGCUAGAUUGGAGGCAUACCAUGAGUCGAGAGUGGCAUUACAUGCGACGGCAAGGUCUGAGACUAAUCUCGAUCGCGUUUUGCUAGAGGAUGUGGUUAAACUCUCUAGCUCGACAUAUACCAACAUUGCUGGACUCGCACAGAAGGUCUUAUUAGACUGUAUGAGGAGACUCAGUGGAUCAUAUAACCAUAUUAUAAGGUCAACCUUUAAGAACCUCGCAAAGUCGUUGGAUGCAAAUGAUCAUCAACAGAUUGAAAGUAUUUUGAAGGUGUUUUCUUUGCGUCGGAUCAAAUCAAAAUUGCAAAACGAUUAUCUCAAUAUCCAAAAGUACGUCAGUUUACUUUACAGAUGUCUUAAAAUUGAUGAUCCAAAGGUCUAUCAUCUAGCCCAGACUUUGUAUGCCGGAGUUGGUAGAGGUAUUAGUACUCCCAGCAAGGUGUGUUUGCUUGAUCACGAAGCUAUUGAUCAAAUAAGGCCUCCUGACCAGUACAUUGAUUUGGAGAUUAAGGCAGUUCAAUUGGCAAAAGAAAAGAAACGCAAGUUGUACUUUGACAAAUUGGAAAGGCUCCAAGAUAAGGUGUUUGAGGAAAAGGAACACAGUUCGCAUUGGAAGAUUACUUUACUGAAUCUGGAGUUAUUGCUGAAUAUACAGGCCCAUUUGGACAUCCCUACAAGAGGAAAUGUGUUGGAGAUGUUUGUUGAUGAAGCUUCGACAGAGCAUCCAAUAAUUUCGAGACAUGCAUUACAAGGGGUAACAAGGGUCUUGAACAAGUUGAAUGUGCUUAGUCAGUACGAUUAUAGCCUUGAGAAGUUGUAUGACUUGGAUUUUGUGGUUAGGAGUUUAAAAGUGGUGGAUACAAAACCCUCUGGUAGUGAAUCGUUUACGUCAAAAUGGGUGAGCGAGCUUGGCAAUUACACUCAUCCUGAUUAUUUUGUUGACAUAAAGCCCAACACCGGUUGGUUGUUUUGGGGCGAUAACAUUCAAGUAGUAUCACCAGAACUGGGUAACAAAUUACAAUUGAGCUCUGAUGACGAAGCCGCAUUGAGGAGACUUGGCCAUUCUAUUGACAAGGAGUGGCUUUUGAAGAUUGUAAAGAUGUGGGUUUCCGAGGCAGAAAACACUAGUGCUUUCCAAGUUACGGAUGUCAUGUUUAUUGGGAUUUUGUCAAUGUUGAUAUCAAAUGGCUUCACUCCCAAGUUGGCUUACAAGGACUUGUUGUCUGUUGUUGAUGAGAUCUACGACAGCGAAGAAAAGAGUGCUAAUAUUGUAACUUGUGAAAUGUUUUCUGGAAUCUUGUUGAGUUCGAAGCAUACUUUACCGCAGUACUGGGAGGAGAGAGAUGACUUUGUGGUCAAGUACUUGAAAAAGAUCCUUGAGCACGAUUUAUCUCCAGGAACUCUGGCAACCUGGGGUGUUUUCUGUCUUUGGGUUCCAGCCCACGCCGACUGCAGACGGUUUUACAAGGUUAUUGAGGAGAUUGCCAACUUUAAAUUGGAUCCAAACUCAGAUUCUGCGUUUAAAGAUUCAACAAGGAUAAGCUUUAUCAAGUCGGUAAUUUCUUCUACUUCAUGGAGAUUAGCUGACUCUGAUAGAUUUUUGGGUUUAUGUUUGGCCAAUAUGAAUCACAAGUACAAUUUGGUGAGAAAAGAGAUUGGGUCUUUGAUGGCAGUGGUGUCGUUGAAUUACUAUGUUGAAGCAGUCAAGGAUUGCAAAACGUUUGUGCACGAUUGCAACAGCCACAGCAAAUUGUUGUUGUAUGAAAAGAAGGGACAACUAUUUGAUGAGGUUCCCAAACUAUUCACACAAACUGAAAAAUGGAGAACCGAGGUGGUUCAUUUAGAUCCACAAACGAUUCUCGUAUCCAACUACAUCAACUCUGCCACUACCAUUUUGACUUGGUUGAGUCAAGAGCUCAGUACAAACUUGAGCAUAUUGUUUCAAGAUCUCGUACCUACUCAUAUUGUCCCGUUUUUACUUGAGCUUAUUAACUUGAAAGAAGUUUGUCAGUUGGGAAAUAUUGACCCUAUUUCAGUACUAAAAAAGGCAUCUCAAAUUUCAUACAGCGGUCAUCACUUGGAAAAUGUUGUUGCGAUGUUGGAAUUUUACGCCAAGAAAGAGCUAAACAUUGUGCAGUCCAUUGUUAUUGGCGAAUUCACCGAAACUAUAUUCUUUAAGAAUUUGUUCAAGUUGACAAAGAGCCAACGAGGAAGAAUUAUCAACAUCACCAAUUCGUUGCUUUACCACAAACAAGUUGAAGUAAGAGAAGCCGAAGCUGGAACUUUAGCAGGAUUGAUCCAUAUGUUACCAUUGGAUGAGGUCGAUGAGGUUGUCAAAAGGUUCAGUGAUGCCUACUCGCAACAAUUGGACCAUACAAGGGCAAAAUAUAAACGAAAUUUCAAAAACAUCGAUCCUGCUGAUCACAUUGCUUUACAUGGUGCCACUUUAGGUUUGGGAGCUUUAAUUAGUGCUUUCCCAUUUGCUUCUCCUCCACCGAAAUGGAUGCCACUGUUGUUAUCAACCCUUGCAAAUAAGUGUACCGGUAUACCUGGUAUUGUGGGCAAAACUGCUAAAGAAACGCUUGGACGGUUUAGAAAGGAUAGACAAGACAGUUGGCAUGUUGACAGUAAGGUGUUUGAAGAAGAUGAAAUCCAAGACCUAGAGGGUGUUCUUUGGAGAAGUUAUUUUAUUUAA